AUGUUGUGUCUCAGACUACUGGCUGUUGUCCUCAUAAUGAUCAACACAUGGUUGCUAAACACUGCUCAAUCAGAUCAUAUCCAAAAGUUCAAACGCACAUUGGCUCAGAGAGCUGACAGUGAAGUGGCUCACUUAGCAAGUGAACAGUGCAGGUCCACAAGACAGCCGAGACAAGUAACAUACUCAGCAUCAGUUCUACAUCUCCCUCCAGUGGCUCACCCAAGGAGAUACACCACAAGGCAAAGAGGUUUCUAUCAUAUAGGUCCUCUUGAGAAGUCCUCUUGUUCAGGUGGGUGCAAUUAUGAUGCUAAUUCUAACCCAGGACUGCAUAGUGCCUCUCAUUGGGGCAAUGGUGAGAAGAAGGUUAAUCGGGGAAACUGGGAGGCACUGCUACCCAAAGACAAGAAGGAGAGACAUGUUAAGAGUAUGGGGAUGGUCAGUUCUCCUCACCUCGACUCCAGUAGAAAGCCUCCCAGUCAGCCUGAGGUGACAGUGGAUUCAAACAGUGACAGUGACAAACCAGAGGUUGAUGGUGUGCGCUCUGAGGGCUCAGACAAGCAGUUGCCGCUCAAGAAGCAGCAGAGAGUUCCGACUGACACGCCCACCUUCCACAGAAGGGUCCGCCGUAGCCCGGCAGUCUCCAAUGGUGAAGACAGUCGGGCAGCUUUCCCUGAAAGCAUAGUAAACUCCCGGGGGAUAUUCCCUACGUUUCGACAGCACAGUGACUAUUCUGCUGAGAGUGAGGACUACCCUGGGGAUCAGGAGGGACCACCUAACCCCGGCCCCGCCAGAAUGUUGUGGGGUGCCCAGAUCCCAGAUGUCCACCCUAAGUGGAUGUCUGCUUUGUACUUUAAUGGACAGAAGGAACAACUGAGGGUCAAUCCAGCAGCUGGUAUUCAGCUUCCUCGGGCCAAGUUCAGUGUUGAAUUGUGGGUCAAACCAGAGGGUGGGCAGACUAACCCAGCCAUCAUAGCAGGGGUUUUUGACAACUGCUCCUACUCCUUAAGUGAGAAAGGAUGGUCAGUCGGUAUUCGGACAGUAGAACCCGGGGGGAGAAAAGAUGCCAGAUUCUUUUUUACACUUCGUACCGACCGCGCUCUCAAAGCAACGACUAUCUAUGGGCAUCAGCGCUACCACCCUAACUCCUGGACUCACCUGAUGGCCAGCUACAAUGGUCACAAUAUGACCCUCUACAUAGAUGGUGCCAAGGUUGCAGAGAGCCGUUUGCAGUCUGGUAACCUCUACAGCCCGUUCAUGGAGACCUGUCGAACACUUCUUCUCGGUGGGGACCAGUCAGACCUUGGGCACAACUUCCGAGGGUACAUCGGGGGGAUUGUGUUAUGGGUGCUUCCUCGCACUCAUGAGGACCUCCUGAAAGGACGCUCUCAGAUUGAUAAGAGGGAACCAAACCUCGCUCUCUGGGCUGACUUCUCUGAGGUAGAGCAACAUUGGAGUCCUCAUAAGGACGGCUACCACCCGUCCAUAGUCAUUAUCCCUAUCCCUGAGCUGGAACAUGUGUCCCCCUUUGUGCCCCCUCCCUGUGGAUUAACAGCCUGUGACAACACAGAUAUCAUCCUCGGCUACAAUAACCACUGGCAGCUGCGCACAGAGAAGAGGAUCCGCUACCGCAUUGUCAACAUCUGUAACGACGACGGAAGUCGUCCCACCGUCUCCCAUGCCCAGAUCCAGCAGCAGCACCAGGCACUUGUCGAAGCCUUCCGUUCCCACAACAUCAGCUUGGAGCUGAGCACGCAUACCAUCCAGAACACAUCUCUACGCCAGCGCUUCAUCCUCAGCAACUGCCGGAUCAGUAAGAUUGGUAACAGGCACUGUGAUGCGGAGUGUGACCACCCACUGACGGGCCAUGAUGGUGGUGACUGUCUGCGCCUGGGGCCCUGCUACAACUGGAAGAGGAGGGACGGGGUCUGCAACACAGAGUGCAACAGCAUCCACUAUGACUUCGAUGAUGGAGACUGUUGUGAUCCAGAAGGCACGGAUGUCCUGAAGACCUGCUUCGACCCAGAGUCUCCAGACAGAGCCUAUAUGAGUGUAAAGGAACUGAAAGAGGUGUUGCACCUGAGCAGCACAGACACCCUCAAUGUUUUCUUUGCCAACAACUCAGCCCGUGAAGAGUUAGCAGGGGCUGCAACCUGGCCAUGGGCAAAAGAGGCCCUCAACCAUCAGGGGGGAAUGGUGAUGAAUCCAUCCUACUUUGGCACUGUCGGACACAAUAACACAAUGAUCCAUGAGAUGGGCCAUAUCUUUGGACUGUACCAUGUCUUCAAGGGGGUCAGUGAGCGGGAGUCCUGUGAUGACCCCUGUCAGGAAACCACUCCCUCCAUGGAGACAGGAGACUUAUGUGCAGACACGGCUCCUACACCAAAGUCAAAGGCCUGCCAUGACCCUGGCUAUGUGAAUGACACCUGUGGGAUAACGCUCUACCAAGACACACCGUACAACAACUACAUGAGUUACACAGACGAUAACUGCACCAACCAUUUCACACCAAAUCAAGUGGCUCGGAUGCAUUGUUAUAUGGAUCUAGUCUACGAGAACUGGCUGAAAGGGAGAAGGCCCACCCCCAUCCCUCUCAAGCCCAUGGUGAUUGGAAAGAGCUCAGAUUCGGUCUCCAUUCAUUGGCUUCCACCUGUAAGAGGGCCACUUCAUCAAAGUUCUCCUACAGUGGAUAGUGUAAACUGCAGGGACUGUGAGGCAGAUGGUGUGUUCCAUCAGUAUGCCUAUGAGGCCACCUCGCCACGGGUCUGUGACUCCUCUGGAUACUGGACACCUGAAGAGGCUACUGGCCCUCCAGAUGUAUACCAGACCUGUGAGCCCAGCCUACAGGCCUGGAGUCCAGAACUCAGCCUGUAUGAUGCCAACGUGACGUCUCCCUGCCCUGAAACCGAGGGCUGCGUCCUGAUGCUGCGCUUCCUCCACCUUGUGGUCCCUGACAGCCUCACUGUGUGGGUCACCUACAUCUCAGCCGAUAACCAGGUGAUUAUCAACAUCGAGCUAAUAACAGACACAGACGAGUCUCUAGACAUGGGUCCACAGCACGUCUUCUGUGAUGUGCCCCUCACCCUACAUGUGCACACCGAAAAAAGGGUGGCAGCUGUCAAACUGAGCACCUUUGAUGAGAAGAUGGAGAUUGACGCUGUUCUGCUUACUUCUGGCCCCCAUAAUCCUCUCUGCUCCAGUUGCCAGCCUCUGAUCUACCGAGUUGUCCGGCAACCGCCGUUUUCAGGCGAUCUGGUCCAGCAAACUCUGCUUACAUUUACAGACAGUGAUAUUGAAAAGGACAUGGAGUACCAGUACAGAGUUCAGGUGGAAGCAGACGGUCUCCUCAGUGAGCUCUCCCCACCUCUCCUCUACACCCAUGGAGCUGCCUACUGCGGUGACGGACUUCUCCAGGGGACAGAGGACUGUGAUGAUGGCAAUCUGUUGGAUGGUGAUGGCUGCUCUAAGAAGUGCCACAUGGAGUCAGACUUCAACUGCAAUGGUGAACCCAGCCUGUGCUACGUCUUUGAGGGUGAUGGUAUGUGUGAGGAGUUUGAGAGGGGCUCCAGCAUACAGGACUGUGGUUACUUCACCCCUCAUGGGUACAGUGACCAGUGGGCCUCCACCGCAGCAGCCUCCCAUCAGGACCAAAGCAGCUGCCCUGCCCUGGCAGCCACCGGAGAGCCCUCGCUUACCAAGCUGUGCAAGCCCCAGUACCUGGAGAUGAAUGAGAAGCUGUCACAUGACAUAUGGGUUCCAUGCACGGCCCAGUCGUACACUCAGACCUACUACGAUGAGGAAGAUACAGUAUGGCUAAAGGUGGGAUUUACGCAACCUGGAGUCGCCGCGUCUGUCAUCAUCUAUCUGGCCUCGGACGGAGCCUGGCCUGGAGAGCAGUGCAGGAAAACAGUCACCGUCCAACUGUGUGAUACUGGUGGCAGAAACCACUCCCUGGGUUCCUUUGAGCUGUCGUGUCAGCAGAAUCCUCUAGUGGUGAACGUGACACACAACCUGAGUCAACCCUUCUUCCUGACCACCGCUGUCAUCCUCAACUUUUCCUCGCCCUUCGUUGCCGUGACGGGAGUCGCUCUGCGCACGUCAUGUCACUUCAGCGCAUUUGCCCUCACUGGCUGUUCACGGCGGCCCUGCCAGAUGGACACAUGCAGUCCUCCUCAGUUGGAGCAUGCCUCUGUCACCUGCAGCCCCGAGACAGAGAGGACUGAGACCUCUCACUGCACUGUCCACUGUCAUCCAGGUUUCAUCCUCGCUGUGCUCAGUGGCAAGGGUAAUCCACCCUUUCAGGUGGAUUCGACUAGGGUCUUACCACAUCAGCAAGAAACGGAGCUUCAGUGUCUAAAUGGAGCAUGGGACCAUGUUGUGAGCUGUCAGCUAAUUGACUGUGGGCCCCCUGACCAGUCUCACAUCUACUUCGCUGUCUUCAGCUGCCCCUGGGGAACAACAUUUGGCAAGCAGUGCUCUUUCACCUGCAACCCCCCCGCCAUGCUUCAGGGGGACAGUGAUAGGUUGGUGUGCCUAGAUGAUGGUCUAUGGUCCUUCCCUGAAGCCUACUGUAAGAUAGAGUGCCCACAGCCUCCUACAGUACCUAACGCCAAGCUCCUAGUACCCCAGUGCAAUGGUACAGGACAUGAUGUGGGUACCGUAUGCCGUUACAAAUGUAACCCAGGUUACUAUGUUACGGCCAGCCUCAACACAAAGUCAAGAAAGAGGAGGUUUCUGAAGGUGGAGUGUGUAGAAGGGGGCCAGUGGGAGGAGGGGGGCUGUGAACCCGUUCCCUGUCCAUCUCUGCCUGCUGUCUUUGAGGGCAUGUACACCUGCACCAAUGGCAGGCACUACAACAGCCUCUGUACCCUCCUGUGUCCCCACGCCUCAGAAAACCACACAAUUCGCUGCACUAAAGAUGGCAGGUGGACAGAGGAGUUCACCAUGUGUACAAGGUUAGCUGGAGCCUGCCCACCUCCGCCUGAUGUCAAUCAGGUUCAGUUUGCCUGUGACGAGAGUUUCAAUGUUGGUGCAGUUUGCUACCCAACGUGCAGUGCAGCCCUGCAUGACCCAGUGGUUUUAGCCAAUGGUAUCACAGCAGACAACGUCAAGCACUGGAUGCUGCCAGGCAGGGUUCAGGACAUCGUCUGCACAGGAAUGAUGAGAUGGCAUCCGGACCCCAAACUCAUACAAUGUAUCCAGUCAUGUGAGCCCUUUGGGGGAGAUGGUUGGUGUGACACUAUCAACAACCGGGCCUACUGCGAGUAUGAUGGAGGGGACUGCUGUCCAUCCACACUCUCAACCAGAAAGGUCAUUCCGUUUGGUGCCAACUGUGAUCAGGAUGAAUGCACUUGCCGUGAUCCAAACGCUGAGGAGAAUAAGAGUAAAGCCAAAUACUUGGAAGCAGGACUGUUAUGAACGAUGGAUCGUUAUGUGUGAACAGGGCCAAGGCUGGCUCACAAUGAAACAACACCAGAUGAACUUCACCCCUGGACAUGAUAUAUUUCCAUUUUGUUUUCCUAUUAGGGAGCAAUGAAGGUAAUCUCUUCUUAGACAAAUAUAAAAACUGUUUUAAUAUUGUAGCUUUUAGGAUUCCAACACAAUAACUAAUCUGUAAAGACAACUAACUUGUAUAGAAUAAUAUAUUUGGGCAAUCUCUAAUUUCGUAGAUGUGGUUAUGGAAGACUACAGUAUUAUAACAUCAUAUCACAUAAUACAUAUUUAUCCAUAUCAUAGGUACCUAACUUAACACUUUCUGCUAAGAGAGUUGUUAGAUGUAGCAGUUCUCAAUAAAUAUUCCAUGCAGAUUUUGUGUAAUCUUGUUCUGUGUGAUAUUAUACUGUACUUUACACUUGAUGUUGAAUAAACCGUAAUAAA